AUCAGCAGCUGUUGUCAUUCGGGCAUUUAAAUUUUACACUGUCCGGAUAUUGAGGAAAGAGUUCUUAUUUUUUCCAAGUAACUCGUUUGUUUUGCAGGGAACCGGGUUACAAUGCACCCCAGCUUCAGGAAGAAAAAUGUUAUCAAGCUUCAGUGCCGUUUUUGUGACUCUUAUGUUUGUAGAAGAGGAAUGAAGGCAGUGUUACUGGCCGACACAGCAGUGGAAUUGUACUCCACCGAUUCACCUAUGGCUGGAAAAAUCAGCAACAUCGGUAAAAGUUAUUCUACUAAAAAGUGCACAUGUAAGAUUUGCGAUGUUGCCUGUACAAGUUGCGGAAACGUAUUGGGUUAUCAUGUGAUGCUGCCAUGUACUUCGUGCCUACAGUCUUGCAACAACGGACACCUGUGGAUCUUCAAUAGCAAUACAGUCUUCGCAGAAAGUAGACUUAACAUUUCAGCCACAGAGACAUUGAGAUGGGACAGCCUCCCAGACGCUUCACUGGAGCAAGAUUCAGAACUAGAUGAGUGGGAUAACUACUUCCAACAGAUGGAAUGCUGCCGGUGACAGAGGCUCAAGUAACUUAUUUUGUUUUUGUACAACAUUUGCUGUAAAUUCACACAAACUCCUGUGUACCAAGAAUACAAAACUCCCCGCCAAGCCAAUACUUUUAAGUGAUAUCAGAUAUGAACAUUCUUUGGAGAUUAAGCACUUUCCAGCCAGAGCAAGUAACUGCAAAUUGAAGUGUUAGAUUGCUGUUUGCAUUUGCUUGAAGUAUGAACUGGGCUUGAGGAGCUGCUGAUCAGUCAUCGUGUAAUGAUUGUUUGUUGGAAAGAGUGCUGAGCCACAACAUAAUCCUACUGCUUCUUAUUGGAACCAUACUUCUACCUAGAAGAGAUUAUUAACAUUGUGAUUCCAACAAACUGUACUCCCCACCUCAUCCACCAAGCAAACCCUCAAAUCAUACAUGUACUUUUACACCCAGAGGCCAUAGCGAACUUGUCAACCAGAUUAAACCAAAAACUUGUUCACAACUGCAAUGAGAAAUAGGCAGUGUUUGAUACAUGCUUGGAUGUGUUCGUGUUCUUGUAUGAGAAGGGGACAACCCGCUUUGACUACACCCAUGUUAUGGCCAUCUUUGGAAACUGAGCCCAAUUAAAGUUAACAUCACAGUGGUCAAUAUGCGGUUAGUCAUCACUUCACAUGGUUGCAUAAAUGAAAAAGGGUAGCUUCACACUCACUCACUCCAUGCCAAAACCAAGCACCUCCUGUCAAAAAUCAACACUGAUUUACUCAUCAAAUUAAUGGGAAGAAGAGCUUUCAAAUAACACCUUAUUUUAGGGCGAUUCAGUAGGUCAACAAAAGGAAUGAAAAAAUACAUCUAUCAAAAUUGACAUUGACUGAUGUUUUGGUGUAAUUUAACCAUAACAUAUUUUCCAAGAAGUGCCUGAUUUUGGCAUAUGAAACUUAUGAUUAUGACGUAUUUUAUUUUUAAUUUCAUUUAAUGACUCCUUUUCAUUAUUUGUCUGUAAAUUGACCACAGGUAGGGUCCAUUACUCCUUGGCAAAAAAAACAAGAGUUGCAAAACGUGUGCCCAAGACCACAUUGUCUAUUUUCAACCAAUUAUAACUGUCAUGAAUUGUUGCCUAAGAGUGGUUCAGAUUUUGUAUGAUGUAUUGUUUUGUAAAUAUUAUUUAAUUGCUUCUAAAUGCUUGUAAGAAAGCCAUUGGGAAAUUUUGGUUCACAUAGCCUUUGCGCUUAAAAAUAGUUUGUAAUUUAAUGUAAAUUGGCUGGUGCUGCAUGCUAUGAA